UCACUGGGGGUGGCCUGGGAAGGGGGUGUCUCCUCGGACUCUUCCUGCUCUCCGCUUCCUGGUUAUCUGGAGUGAGCAGCUCCACUCGCCCUGUGGUUCCUGCCUCAGAGCCUGCGGACCUUGGACUGAAACUGCUCUGAUUGAUGAUGAGUCCGCUUCACUCAAACCACCCAUGCAGGUUCGCCUGCCAGUUGCUGUGCACCUGCUGUGAGUGCAAGCACCGUGUGGACACACACUGGCACUGCACUGUCUGCCAGGAUUAUGACCUGUGUAUCUCCUGCUAUUACACUAAAAAUCAUGACCACCCAAUGGAGAAACUGGGUCUUGGCUUAGAGGAUGACCCACAGAGUACAGCCGCCCAGAGCCAAGAAGAAUCUCGCCGCCUGAGCAUCCAACGAAACAUCCAAUAUUUGAUCCUAGCCUGCCAGUGCCGGGAUGCCAACUGCCCGUUGCCCUCCUGCCAGAAGAUGAAGCGGGUUGUACAUCAUACCAAGGGCUGCAAACGCAAGAGCACUGGCAGGUGCCCCGUCUGCAGGCAGCUCAUUGCCCUCUGCUGCUACCAUGCCAAGCGCUGCCAUGAGAAUUACUGCCCUGUGCCGUUUUGCUUCAACAUCAGGCAGAAGCUCCGCCAGCAGCAGCUGCAGCCCCGGCAGGCCCAGGUGCUGCACAGGAGGAUGGCCAGUGUGUAACCUGCUGGUGUGAUGGGCCAAAAAUAGGGCCUGCCUUCCCCAGCCCCUGCCACUCCAACUACGUC